CUUAACAUGUUUCUCUGCAAAAACUCGAUCUCCUCUCCACGGCGUCGCUGUCGCUCAGUGCCCGUCCUUUUUCCCUUCAUAUCCCUUUAAUCACUUCCCUCUGCUAACGCUUGUGCAUUUCGCCCUUGUUUGUCUGUGAAAAAGGUCGAUUUGGACGGGGGACGUGUGCUGUAGCGGUAUCGGCGACUUACCUCAGUACCCGUUGCCUGUCCGGCGGCGACUUCUAGCGUCCUGGCUGCCUCGUUUUUUCGAACGCAGUGCUGGCCGGCAUCUCCAACUUCUUCACUCUCUUCCUCUCCUUUUUCCACCUUCCCGGUGUCGCCUGUUUCUCUGAACCCCAUCAUCAAAUAGCAGCUUCCCAACAUGAAGCUCGCCAGCGUCACCGUCGCGGUGGCCGUCGCCAUCCUGGGCUCAGGCUCCGCGACAGCUGAUACUCAUUGCGCCAACGGAGGCAGGUUCAGCGAGAGGCUGGGUGACUGCAUUCCGCGUGAAUUAUGCCACAAUAACGGCUGCGGCGAACCCAGUUCCUACACAACUUGCGAGGUCGCGCCAUCCGGCUCGCGCCUGUGCGCCUGUGUGGAGGGAUUCGAGAACAGGCAGAGUGAUGGCAACCAGCAGUGCCACCGGAUUCCAGGAACUGAGCCCCCAACUGUAGAGCCAGUACCGGAGCCGGAAGGAAGCGGAGAAGCCGGAGAAGGUACCGUUCAGCCUGAGGGCGGCGAAACCGGUGAGCAGGUGGUUCAGCCUGAGGGCGGCGAAACCGGCGGGCAGGAGGUUCAGCCUGAGGGCGGCGAAACCGGCGAGCAGGAGGUUCAGCCUGAGGGCGGCGAAACCGGCGAGCAGGAGAGUGAGUCUGAGAGCGGUGAGACCGGUGAGAGCAACAGUGGAUCUGAGGAGUCCUGCAAUGGUGACGAGUGCGAGGAAGAAGCCGAGGGGACCCAGAACCCCGAGUCUGAGGGCCAGCCCGAGGAGAACGCGCCAGAAGUGGAACCUAGCGCACCUGUGCUCGAAAAGAUUGAGUUUAUGGACCAGGCAAUCUUGAAGGUUAUGGCGAGAGCGGCACCGAGCCGUAUGCAAGUGAAGAUCAGCGACUGCUUCAAUGUCGCAAUCGAUCGCGCGGAGAAAACGGUCACCGUUGCAAACGCGUCGACGUCCCACAGUGGCAGGAUGGCCGGCGAGCCUUCUCUGACUGGCGGCUUUGUCGCCCUCAUCUACCACGACGGGCAGAACCUCGCUGUUAUCUACGACUACCAGCAGGAGACCGGCGAGUACGGCAGCGUCACAGUGAAUGUGCCUUUCGGUUCCUGUGGCCUGGACGUCGUGAGCAUCGUCGCCAAGAGCGAUGAUGCAGGGUUCGACGGGCUGCGUGCCUUCGUGACUGCUGACCUCAAGCAAAGAAUGAGUGCUUAAACUGUAGCCUAACGAAAUGCAGCGACACACUCCUGCGGACUCUGACCUAGUAUUGCCAUUGCGACGAACUAGGUGCGGCCCGUCCUCAGCCGACAGACUGUCAGGAUUGGGAGUGACAUCGAGUCAGCCCGGGUCGGAUCUUGUGCCACCUCUGCCGGCAUCGUGAAACUGUAGGCUUGUAUCGUUCAACUGUUUCACCCUCUGAUGAAUUUCAAUCAGGCGUCAAGGUGGAUUGGCCAUCUCUCUGCACUGGACUAGUGCACACCUCGACCGUCUCUGACAACCGUCGUGUUUUGGAAAAAACCGUUUUACAGUGACCAGUGUUCUUGUACCCUGCCAGACCGUGAGUACAAGAUUUAAUGUUACGCGGAUCGAACACCACCUGAUGCGAUAUCAGGUGUGGAAGCGAAAAAAAUGUUAAAGGGAGACCUCUCCUCCGUAUCGAUGUCCAUUUCGUCACACACAGCACAACCACUCAAGAGACCACGUCGAUAAUUGUGAAUGUCGCCAGAGUCACAGGUACACUCGAUACUCGAGGGAAGUGGCAUCAUAUCAUCGCGCUGCCUCGCAUAGCAACGUAGGGGUGACGAGAGGGCCUGAGCCUCCGCAUGUUUACCGGUGAAUGGCGCAAAGGUGCGGUGAUAAGGAGCUCCAAGACUUAAAGUCGUCGUGCACGGAAGCGACGUAGCAUUACUCGAUUCCAUGUAUCGAAUAUAGUUGUGCUAUAGCUAUAUAAGAAGCUAACGGAUGUCAGGGUGUUGCGAUUCUAGGCGAUGUUUCACUUUUUGCAUGUUUGGUCGCAUUCUCACAGUCUGUUGCUCGUUAGGGGAAACCCUGAACGUACAAGCUGGUAUGCAACAUCCACUGUACACAGGGA